GUAAAGCAGGGAGUAGAUGGCUGUCUGUCCCAUGAUUGACACAGGGGGCAGUGCCCAGGAGGAGGUGGUAAUCCUGAGAGCCAGCCCUCUGACAGUGAGUGCAGCCCAUGUGCUGUAUAUGUAUGAGUGAGGCUCAGGCUUGUGUAAGCAGUGCUGGGGAACCCUCUCACUCAGCUGCUGGAGUCCAAGGGAAUGUUUAUACUUAACACAAACAUGGCCGCCCUCAGAGCAGCACAUCGCCUGCUGGCUCACACUGUGAAAAAUGAGAACACACUGAAAAUGCGAUGGAUUGCAAGUGCGGCCACAGCUUCCACACAGCCUGCAGUCCAUCCAGAUAAGAGGAAACCAAAGACUGGGAUCCUUAUGUUAAACAUGGGAGGUCCUGAAACAACAGAUGAUGUUCACAAUUUCUUACUGCGCCUAUUUUUGGACAAAGACCUCAUGACACUUCCCGCACAAAGCAAACUUGGGCCUUUUAUUGCCAAACGACGAACCCCCAAAAUCCAAGAACAAUAUAACAAGAUAGGUGGGGGAUCCCCCAUUAAAAAGUGGACAGCCCUGCAAGGGGAAGGAAUGGUAAAACUAUUGGAUGAACUAUCUCCUGCAACAGGACCUCAUAAAUACUACAUUGGUUUCAGGUAUGUGGAUCCACUGACUGAAGCUGCUAUUGAACAAAUGGAACAAGAUGGAGUAGAACGCGCUAUUGCUUUUACGCAAUAUCCUCAGUACAGCUGUUCAACUACAGGAAGCAGUCUAAAUGCAAUAUACCGGUAUUAUAAUUCAAAAGGUGCAAAGCCAAACAUGAGAUGGAGCAUUAUUGACCGAUGGCCGACACACCCUCUGCUUAUCCAGUGUUUUGCAGAUCACAUUACCAAGGAACUGAGCUUGUUUCCAGCUGACAAACGAGGAGAUGUUGUCAUUCUGUUCUCGGCUCACUCGUUGCCCAUGGCAGUUGUCAAUCGAGGGGAUCCAUACCCACAAGAAGUUGGUGCUACUGUACAAAAAGUUAUGGAGAAAUUAGGCUUUUCAAACCCCUACAGAUUAGUGUGGCAGUCCAAGGUAGGGCCAAUGGCCUGGCUUGGACCCCAAACUAGUGACGCAAUUGAAGGCCUCUGCAAGAGAGGAAAGAAGAACAUUUUGUUGGUCCCCAUUGCAUUCACCAGUGAUCAUAUCGAAACACUCUACGAGUUGGAUAUUGAGUACGCACAGGUUUUGGCAAAUGAGUGUGGAGUUGAAAACAUCAGAAGAGCUGAAUCCCUUAAUGGAAAUCCAUUGUUCUCUAAGGCCCUCGCAGAUAUAGUUCUAACACAUAUCAAAUCCAACGAGAUCUGCUCUAAACAGUUAACUCUACGCUGUCCUAUGUGUGUUAAUCCUGUUUGCGGAGAAGCCAAGUCUUUCUUCACCAAUCAACAGCUUUAAGCGAACAAAGAACACAUUUCACUCUGAAGAACGAAGCCAGAAGCCUUGUAUUAAUUAGUUGUAUUGUUUAUUUUUCUUGUCUAGGCAUAAAUUUUUUUUUUUCUUUUUCAGGGGGUAGAAAUAAUACUUAAAAGUGAAUCAGUCUUUCAUGGCUGUUUUAUUACUGUUCUACAGUGAUUUAAAUAAUGCAGAGA